CAUCUUGGAAUGUGCGAAGAAGAAGAAUCGAACAAAAAGCAAGCGAAAAAUCUUUAAGCGUAUUUAUUUAAAUGUAUAAAUUGCAUAAAUCUAUAUAUUUAUUAAGGCCAAGCACAUCAAUUUAAUGCUCUACUUAACAAUAUCAAAGAAAUCCCAGCAUAGCUGCCACGUAGCGUUUGCCCAAUAAGGCUGAGCCACACAAAAAAUCGAAAUCUCCGACGGCCCGAAGGUAUCACAUACAAAUUCAUACACACUCACACACACACAACACACAUACACUCGCAGGCCACCAUACACAUUAGUGCAAGCAAAAAGAGGCAGAAGAAGAAGUAGUACCUAAAGUCUCACAGAGGCAAAGUGUUUCCCAUCAAUUUCUGGCUAGACUACUUGGAUCCGGAGAAGACGCUAAGUUUCUGGCCAGGCACAGAGCAGAAGCAGAGCAGCAGAUUUGUUUUAUUUGCGGGGCAGGUGAUAUAACAAAAUAUACUCGCCACAGUUCGAAGCGGACUAUGUCUGUCUAUUUGCGCCAGCAGAAACCACAAGAGCACACAUAGCCAUGGCUGCGACGAGAAAAUUGCAAGGCGAAAUUGAUCGAUGUUUAAAAAAGGUAGCUGAGGGUGUGGAGACGUUCGAGGAUAUUUGGAAAAAGGUACACAAUGCUACAAACACCAACCAGAAGCAAAAGCAUCUGCAGGAGAAGUAUGAGGCAGAUCUCAAAAAAGAAAUUAAAAAACUGCAGAGAUUACGAGAUCAAAUUAAAUCAUGGAUUGCGUCUGCCGAGAUCAAAGAUAAAAGCGCGCUGCUCGAGAAUCGAAGGCUUAUUGAAACGCAAAUGGAACGAUUCAAAGUCGUGGAACGUGAGACAAAAACAAAAGCGUAUUCCAAGGAAGGUUUGGGUGCCGCACAAAAAAUGGAUCCAGCGCAACGGAUUAAGGAUCAUGCGCGCAAUUGGUUAACCAGCUCAAUUAGUACACUGCAAAUACAAAUUGAUCAGUAUGAGAGCGAGAUUGAAUCGCUGCUGGCGGGCAAAAAGAAACGUCUCGAUCGCGAUAAACAGGAGCGGAUGGAUGAUUUGCGCAGCAAACUCGAUCGACAUAAAUUCCACAUAACCAAAUUGGAAACGUUGCUGCGAUUGCUGGACAACGAUGGCGUCGAAGCAGAUCAAGUGAACAAAAUCAAGGAUGAUGUCGAAUACUAUAUCGAUUCAUCGCAAGAGCCCGAUUUUGAGGAGAAUGAGUUCAUCUAUGACGAUAUCAUUGGACUCGACGAGGUCGAGUUGAGCGGCACAGCAACAACGGAUAGCAACAAUAGCAACGAAACGAGCGGUUCACCGAGCAGUGUCACAUCAGGCGGCAGUCCACCACAAUCGCCAGUCACAGUGCAGCAGGUGCUGCCUUCCUCCUCAUCAUCAAUAGCACAGGCGGCGACGACAGCGGGUGGCAGCAGCAGUAGCAGUGGCGCGGGCGGUCCGGGUGGCACUAGCGCAGCAAGUGCAGCGCAAUUCCAGCAUAUGCAGGCUGCAGCAGCAGCGGCGGCGGCAGCAGCAGCGGCACAGCAGCAAUCGAAUGGUAACAAUGUGGGCUAUGCGAGUGACACGAGCGCUGCAUCAUCCUCAGCGACAACGUCCACAGAGGCGACAACGGGCGGCGGCAGCGAGAAGCGUAACAAAAGCAGCGAGAGCAGUGGCAACAGCAGCAAAGCUAAGCAGCAACCUCAGCAGCCGAUCAAGCCGACACCAGUGCGUGCAACAUCUAAAACGCCUGCGGGUAGUGAUACUCCAGUCAAUAAGAUUAUCAGCUCAACGCCCAGCAAAAACCAGCAGCAACAGCUUCCUACGGCCGCCUCCGUAUUGGCGUCAAGCGGGACGCAAAAUAACAACAACAGUAGUAGCAGUAGCAGCAGUAAUGUUGCUGCCAGUGGUCACAAUCCUGCCGUGCAGCCACACGCUCCAACGCCUGGUCUAAAUGCCGCCAAUGUUGCCGCCGCUUCCGCCAGCACAGCAGCAGCGGCCGCCGCUGCGGCAGCAGCAGCGAGUAAUAGCAGCAGCAACAGUAGCAACAACAUUCAAGGCCAAUCUGUGAUUCAAGCGACACCAACAAUUGCAUUUGCAGCGGUGGCUAAACACAACACAUCACUACUGGAAAACGGACCUGUGCUGCAGCAACAACAGGCAACAGCUCCCACGGUGGCUGCCAUUGUGAGCGCCAGCGCACAGGCACAACAGCAGCAACAACAACAACAGCAGGCGGCGCAAUUAUCCAAUCUUCAAACGAAUUCCUCACAUAUGCAAAACGGACUGCCUGUCUCGCUCAGCAGCAGCAGCAGUGGUAGCAGCAACAGCAGCAGCGGCAACAACAAUAAUAACAGCAAUGCUGUCGAUGCGAUUUCAUUGAAAACCAUGGCACAGGAAGCCAUUAAUCGAUCCGUGAUCGAACCCAAUUCCCUAAAUCAACAGCAAGCCACUAACAUAGACACGAGACAGCAGCAACAAGCAGCGCAGCAAUCGCUGUUACAACAGCAUUUCAGCACCGAUACAACUGCCAACCAACAACAGCAACAACAACAGCAGCAGCAGCAACAGCUUCAACAACAGCAAGCGACAGCCGCAGCAGCGCAACAACAACAGCAAAAUGCAGCGGCGGCAGCAGCAGCAGUUGCAGCAAUUGGUACAAUCGUUGCGGCAGCUAGCAAUGGUCCCACAGCGGGCAGUGGACUCAUGAAUCUGGCAAAUGCUGCCGGUCAGCCGAACAGUGGUAGUGGCGGGGGUGUCGUUGUCCCAACUAAUGCCAAGACGCAUACACCGCAGCAGCAACAACAACAGCAGCAGCAACAACAACAGCAGCAGCAACAGCAAAUUGCAACAACAGAGGCGCACAUACCACCGCUGUUAGGCGUAACGCCGCUGGGUCCGACGCCGCUGCAGAAAGAGCAUCAGGUGCAAUUCCAGAUGAUGGAAGCCGCAUUUUAUCACCUGCCACAGCCCAUUGACACCGAGAAACUGCAAACGUAUUUUCAUCGCUACCCGGUGCAAACGCCAGCGCACUAUCCCCAGGUGAGUCAGGCACAGCUGCCCAUCUACGAUACCGUUGAAUUCUAUCAGCGACUCUCCACGGAGACACUGUUCUUUGUAUUCUACUACAUGGAGGGCUCCAAAGCGCAAUAUCUGGCCGCUAAGGCGCUUAAAAAGCAGAGUUGGCGCUUCCACACCAAGUACAUGAUGUGGUUUCAGAGGCACGAGGAGCCCAAGAUUAUCAACGAUGAUUACGAACAGGGUACGUACAUCUACUUUGAUUACGAGAAAUGGAGUCAGCGCAAGAAGGAGGGCUUCACCUUUGAAUACAAGUACUUAGAAGACAAGGAGCUGAAUUGAAUACUGCGUUGUUGUGAUGCGAAUGCGAAUGCGUCGUCGGCUGUCCACAGAGAACUCCCAAAAUCCAUAGCAACAUCAACAUUUACACACAAUCAACAACAACAACUACAAUAAAAAAAAUCAAUAGCAUAUACAAUAAUCAUAAAUCUACGUACAUACCUACACACACACACGCACACAUAACCACUCACUCACACACACAAUUACAGAAACUAUAAACAAAGAUAAUGAGAGAUCAUGUGUUAAGAAAAGCGCGCCGUAUGCAUAAGUCAAAAGAAGGGAAGUAAUGAAGUAUAAUUCUUGUUCGGAAAAUGCAUGUAAAAACAUAUGCUUUUUUAUAUAAAUGUUUAAUUGUUUAUUAUUUUUUUUAAAUUACUUUCCUAUACAAUUUAAAAAUUGAAAAACAAACAAAACGAAAUCUACAAGAAAAAACAAACGGAAAACUUAAUUUAAAUUGAAACUAUAAAAAAGUUAUGUAAAAUGUGUGCGACAAAUUUGAAAUUCUGGCAAUCGCCCCCGCGACCCGCCCACAACACACCUCUCUUCGCCCCUUCCACACGUCCAGAAGCCUCCAUAAAUCGCUUAGCGUCUCUCAUAAUCAUCGAUUUAUCUAUAUCACCCGUCUGUCUCGUCAUUCACUCAGCUCGAGUUUAGCCCCCUAGAAUCAGAAACACCCCGCAUCCCUCGCACUUGCAUCAUGUAUAAAGAGCGCAGCAGUGUGUGCAGUAAAUACUUUUAAUUGUAAACAUUUAGCGCACCGAUUUUUUCAAUGCGUUUGCAUAGGAACGUACUGACGAAAAGUCGAGAGAAUAUAUAAACAAAAAAAAACAAAACAAAAAAGAUAAACUUCAGCUGAUCUUAUUUAAAUUUAAUAAUGUAAUUACGAUUACUAAGAUCAUUGAUUAAGUUGAGCAUGAUAAUGAUGCUGCAAACAGCAAACAAAACAACAAAUUAAUGCGUAAAAGAACCUUUUUUUUAAAUGUAAGCAAAAUAAAAACAAAUCGUGAGUAAAUAGUUGAAACUUGUUUAGUGUUUUUAUUUGAUAUUUACUUUUUUAUUUGCGCAUUUCGUAUUUUGUCUUUCGUUUUUCGUUGACAUGUUUUUUUGUUACAACUAUUGCAAUUACAAUUCAAUUUUUUAAUUUCCUAAACAUCUUAGCCUGUUUGUGAGCCCUCAAUUUAAUCGUUUAAACGUUUGAAAGUGUUAAUAAGUCAUAUAGUCAAAUGAUAUAAACAAAUGCAUUUUAGAAUGUUUUUGCGUAAAUAUAGCAUUUUUGCUAAAACGAAAAACGAAAAGAUAAUUUAACAAUUUUACAAGAAUAGUUUUAAACGAAAACACAAAUGCAUGCAAAAACAAAACAUGAAAAACAUUUUAAAAAUUAUUAAAAAAAAAAAAAACAGAAAAACAAAAAAAUGCAUCAAAAUAUACAUACAUACAAUUAUUAGAUCGCCCGAUUGCGGUGUCCACUGGAUUUUUAUUUCCAUCCGAAAUCAGAAAAGUAUUCUAACAUAUCGACUCUUUAGCUUUCCUUGCAGAAUGCCUAUUCAAGUUAGUGAUAAGGUGGGAGUUGAUAUCGGGGACUUACUUCUAAAAAAAUUAAACACGCAUUUACGUUGACAAAGUUUUCCGGGUAUGCAUAGUAUAGCCACGACUCUCCGGAACUGCUCCCUAUCAGUAUUUUCACUAUCAGAUUUUUAAUAA